AUGACUAAAUCUUUAGUAGUUGCCUUUUCUUCGGCUCCAACCGUCGCUGUCGACUGGGAGUGUUUUAUUGAUCACCUUGAGCCAGUCAAGGAGCCGCUUCUCCUUAGGAUCGUGCCAAACUUGGACAGCUCUACGUCAGAGUUUCUAAAACUUGUGAUAAGAGAAAGUCCUGGUCAUCUUGUCGAAAGUAUCAUUACAGUUGAACCUGAAGAUCUGACAAUCCAAGGGAGAUCAUUGGAGACAAUUUUCAUCACUGUGUCAACAGCUUCAACGAACUUUCCCCAAAUACAAGGCAGCAUACUGGGUUUCGUGACAAUGGAUGCCCAAGCUUACAGAUCAAGCGAUUCCGAACUAAUGAGUCCGGACUUUACUGAUGUACCGCCUUUUCGAGCUCAAGAUCACCGCAGAGUCUGUUUCUCCCAGUUCCAACUGUUUGCUAAAUGUGAUCGAACGAUGGUACAAAGUUUAUUACAAGAUGACGGUGAACAUCAUUACGUCACCACCGACGGAAACAUUCGAAUAUUCCACCAGGACGACUCGCAACAA